AUGGAUUCAGAAACAGUAGAAAAUGCAACUGUUUCACAAAUUGCAACGGAUCGUGCACAAAUUUCAACUUGUCGAACAAAGAUGAUUGAGCAACAAAAUUUAGAAAACUUUCAAAUCAUCUGGCUUGAUGAUAAUAUCAAUACAACAGAGGAUAAUUUACACACGGUAUCUUUGCUACGGACUAUUAUCAAUUAUUUACACAUAUUUGACAAUAUAUGGGAUUGCUAUGACUAUAUAGGCACAGUUCAAGAUGAAAAAGUAUUUUUGAUUGUAUCAGGUUCAAUUAGUGAAAAUAUAAUACCCUAUGUUUAUCAUAUACCACAAGUUCAGUUUGCUUACAUAUAUUGCUUUGACGUCGAAAAGCAUAAAAAAUGGGAAACAGAGUAUGGAAUAGUGCGUGGAAUAUAUGUCAAUAUGAACGAUAUUUGUAAGCAAAUAAGUACAGAUGUUAUUAUAUGCUCGCAUCAAUUUUUAUCUAUGAAUAUUAUUUCUACGAAAAUAAAGGAAAAAGAAAUAAACAAACAAGAAGCGUCAUUUAUGUAUUUUCAGUUACUAAUUGAAAUUCUGAUUGGAAUGGAAGAAGAACCGGAUGCAAUCACAAAUAUGAUAAGUUACUGUCGGUUACAGUAUGAUGGAAAUGAAACAGAUUUAAAACAUAUCGAUGAAUUCAGCAAGACAUAUAAACCAAAUAAGGCAAUAUGGUGGUACACAAAACAUUGCUUUUUAUAUGAAAUAUUAAAUAAGGCGCUUCGAACCCAAGACGUUGAUGUUCUUUUUAAAUAUCGUUUCUUCUUGAGAGAUCUUCAUAACCAAAUAAAACAAUUGCAUUCAGAAUUUAUUCAAUCAUUAGCAACAAAAGAUGAUGGCACUAAACCGAACGAAUUGACUGUGUAUCGUGGCCAAAUUAUAAGUACAGAACAAUUUGAACAAAUUAAUAAUAAUUUAGGAGGACUUUUAUCAUUCAAUAGUUUUCUCUCAACCACCGUUAAUCCUGAAGUAGCGUUACAAUUCCUUCCACAACAACUCGACACUCCAUCCAUUCUUUUUGAAAUAAAUGCUGGCUAUGAUCAACACACAAAACCAUUUUGCAAUAUAACACGAUUCAGCAAUUUCAAUCAAGAACAAGAAGUUCUCUUUUCGGUCGGAUCAGUAUUUCGAAUUGACUCUGUUCAAAAUCUUCAAAAUGGACGUUCCAAAGUAACGCUCACUUUAACUAGAGAAGAAGACGAGCAGUUGAAAGAGCUAAAAGAAUACUUCCAAAUGGAGCUCAACAAUAGAUUCGAUAUGAACGCUCUAGGGGCACUUAUGCUGCAUAUAGGUGAAUACGAACAUGCUCAUCACUUUUUCAGGAUACUACUUCAGAAGAAUCCAUUGCAACAAACGUAUAUUCCCAUACAUCAUCACAAUAACGCUGUGAAUUAUAAUAAUCAGCAGCAAGAUAGAAAAGAGUUGGGUACUUACGAGCAAAAUUUCCAAACGCAUUUAAACCCGUUACCGUCUGCUCUGCAACUAUCAGCAUUUGUCUAUUCGAAUAUUGGAGUAGCUUACAAUUACCAAGGCGAGUACGAUAAAGCACUAGAAUCUUUUGAAAAAGGACUCGAAAUAUUCUUAAAUACAUUCUCACCAAACCAUCCAUCAUUAGGAAAUAUAUAUAUUAAUAUUGGCUUAGUUUACAAAGAAAAAGGACAUUACGAUAACGCAUUGUUAUAUUACUUAAAAGGACUAGAAAUUCAACUGAAAUCACUACCACCAUUUCAUCCGUCAUUGGGAACUGCAUAUAGCAGCAUUGGACUCGUUUACUUUUAUAAAGGUGAAUACGAUAACGCAUUACAAUACUAUGAAAAAGGAACUGAAAUUCAACUGAAAUCCUUACCACCAUUUCAUCCAUCAUUAGCAAUCAUAUAUGAUAAUACUGGAUUACUUUACGAGCUUAAAGAGGAGCAUGAUAAAGCAUUAGAAUACUAUGAAAAAGCAGCAGGAAUUCAACUGAGAUCCUUGCCACCAAAUCAUCCAUCAUUAGCAACUACAUAUGUUAAUAUUGGAUUAGUUUACACUCAUACAGGAAAAUACGAUAAGGCCCUAGAAUAUUAUGAAAACGGACUAAAGAUUCAAAUGAAAGCGUUACCAUCAUAUCAUCCAUCAUUCGCAUUUACAUACAAUAAUAUCGGAAUAUUUUACAGUGACAAAUGUGAAUACGAUAAGGCAUUAGAAUAUUUCGAGAAAGAGCUGAAAAUUGAGCUGAACUCAUUACCAGCAUCUCAUCCAUCAAUAGCAACUACUUAUGCUAACAUUGGAUCAAUUUACGAUCAAAUCGGUCAUUACGAUAAAGCAUUAGAAUCCUGUACAAAAGGACUGGAUAUUCAACUGAAAUCAUUAUCAUCACAUCAUCCAUCAUUAGCAACCACCUACGGUAAAAUUGGGCAAAUUCAUAGUCACAGAGGUGAAUACGAUAGGACCCUAGAAUAUUAUAAAAAAGAACUGGAAAUUCAACUGGCAACAGUAAAAGGAAAUCAUCCAUCAUUGGUAAAUACAUAUAAUAACAUCGGCUCAGCUUAUGAUGACAAAGCUGAGUACAAUAAGGCACUAGAAUAUUACGAAAAAGCACUGGAAAUACAAGAUAAGUCUCUAUCAUCAGAUCAUCCAUCAUUAGCAAUUACAUAUGCUACUAUUGGGUCAAUAUACGAUAAGAUAGGUGAAUACAAGAAAGCAUUAGAGUAUAACGAAAAAGGAUUAGAAAUUCAACUGAAGUCAUUACCACCGGAUCAUCCAACUAUAGGAACUAUAUAUUGUAAUAUGGGAACUAUAUAUCGUGAACAAAGUGAGUAUGAUAAUGCAUUAGAAUACACUGAGAAAGGACUGAAAAUUCUAUUGACCUCGCUAACAACAAAUCAUCUAUCACUAGCAGCCGCAUAUGUAGCUGUUGGAUCAGUUUACAAUGCGAAAGCAGAAUAUGAAAACGCAUUAGAAUAUUAUGAGAAAGCAGUGAAAAUACAACAAAAGUCGUUGGGAUCAAAUCAACAACCCUUAGCAGAUACAUAUAAUAAGAUUGGAUUACUUUAUAAUGGCAAAGGUGAAUACCAUAAGGCAUUAGAAUAUUUUGAAAAAGGACUGGAAGUUCAUCACAAGUUGUUACUAUCGCAUCAUUCAUCAUUGGCAACUACAUAUUGUAAUAUGGGAUUGGCUUGUUACGGAAAUCGUGAAUAUUGCAAGGCGCUAGAAUACUAUGAAAAAGGACUAGAAGUUUUUUUGAACUCAUUUUCUCCAUUACAUCCGUCAUUGGCAACCACAUAUAUUAAUAUGGGAGCAGUUUUCAAAGAAAAAGGUGAAUAUGAUCAAGCUUUAGAAUAUUUUGAAAAAGGACUGGGUAUUCAACUAAAGUUGUUAUCAUCACAUCAUCCAUCAUUAGGAACUACAUAUGCCCAUAUUGGAUUAAUGUAUAAUCACAGAGCUGAAUAUAAUAAAGCAUUACAAUAUUGUGAAAAAGGAAUGGAAAUUCUGUUGCAAUCGUUUCAUCCAGAUCAAUCAUUACUAUGUACUAUGUAUGGUAAUAUUGGAUUAGUUCACAAUGAUAGAGGUGAAUAUGAUAAAGCACUAGAAUAUUAUGAAAAAAGUGUGAAAAUUUUGCUGACAACAUUACCAGCGCACUAUACGAUGUUAGGAACAGCAUAUAAUAAUAUUGGACUAGUGCAUAAGAACAAAGGUGAAUACGACAAAGCAUUAGAGUGGUAUGAAAAAGGUCUGGACAUUCUGUUGCAGUCGUUGCCAUCGCUUCAUCCAACGUUAGUAGCUGCAUACAAUGAUAUUGGAUCUAUUUACAAUAGUAAAGGUGAACACGAUAAGGCAUUGGAAUAUUUUAAAAGAGGACUGGAAAUGGGACUUAAAGUCUUGCCAUUAACCCAUCCAUCGUUAGCGACUGUAUUUGGUAAUAUUGGAUCAGUUUACACUGAAAAACGUGAAUAUAACAAAGCAUUAGAAUUUUAUGAGAAAGGACUCGAAAUCGAACUGAAGUCGUUAGGACCAUUGCAUCCGGUAUUAGGGACUACUUACGCUAACAUGGGAGUACUUUAUAAAGAAAAAGGAGAAUACGAUGAAUCAGUAAAAUAUUUUGAAAGUGGGUUGACAAUUUUUUUAAAUUCAUUGCCAGCAGAUCAUUUAUCGUUGGGAGUUAUAUAUACUAACAUUGGAUUAGUUUACGAACACAAAGGUGAAUUCGAUAAGGCAUUAGCAUAUCUUGAAAAGGGCGUGGAUAUUAAGUUGAAAACGUUAUCGGCACAUCAUGCAUCAUUAGGUAAUACAUAUAAAAAUAUUGGAUUACUUUGCCUGAAGAGCGGCGAAUACGAUAAAGGAUUAGAAUUUUUUGAAAAGGAGCUGAAUGUUGAAGUGAAUUUGUUGCCACGAUAUCAUCCGACGUUAGCCACUACAUAUAGUAAUAUUGGAUCGAUUUUCAAAGAGAAAGGCGAAUAUGAUAAAGCACUAGAAUACUUCGAAAAAGAACUGGAAGUUGAACUUAUGUCGUUACCAUCAAAUCAUCCGUCAUUGGUAACUACGUAUGCUAAUAUUGGUUCAAUAUAUAGCGAAAAAGACGACGAUCUUAAAGCGUUAGAAUGUUAUACAAAAGGACUUGAAGUUGAAUUGAAACUGCCAGAACCGCCUUGUCCAUCAUUAGGAGUUGCAUGUGUUAAUAUUGGAUCACUUUAUAAGGAAAAAGGUAUAUAUGAUAAAGGAAUAGAAUAUUAUGAAAAAGGAUUGAACAUUCUUUCGGCUUUAUUGGCAUCGGAUGAUCCAUUGUUAGCAACUGUACAUUGUGAACUGGCAUCGAUUUAUAAUGAGAUUACUGAAUUUGAUAAAGCAUUGAAGCAUUAUGGAAUAAUAUUAACAAUCAAGUCGAAAUCAUUAUCAGAAAAUCAUCCAUCAUUAUUAGAAACAUAUUUUAAUAUUGCAUUCGUCUGCUAUAAGAAGCUAUAUGCGACGAAACAUAGACUGUUUUGGAAAAUUAUGUGA